AUGUCUGCCCCGAUCCGUGCCACAGUCCUGAUUUCAGGCAAUGGCUCCAACCUUCAAGCUGUGAUCGACAAAAUCGCAGAGGGCCAGCUGAACACCACCCUCGUUCGCGUGCUCUCGAAUCGCAAGGACGCCUUCGGUCUCGAGCGUGCUAGCAAGGCCAACAUCCCUACACUAUACCACAAUCUCGUCAAGUACAAGAAGCAGCACCCUGCGACGACGGAGGGCAUUCAGGCUGCGCGGGAGGAAUACGAUGCUGAGCUUGCGCGCCUGAUUCUGGCCGAUGGGCCGGAAUUGUUCCUGGAGCCGUUGGAGAAGGCGAAUGUUCGCAUUAUCAAUUUGCAUCCUGCGCUGCCUGGUCAAUUCAAUGGAGUGAAUGCAAUUGAACGGGCUCAUGCUGCAUGGAUUGAAGGAAAGAUCGAUAAGACUGGCGUCAUGAUUCACGAUGUGAUUUCCGAGGUGGAUAUGGGUAAGCCGAUUCUGGUCAAGGAGAUUCCUUUCCAGAAGGGUCGAGACGAGGACGUCGAUGCCUUUGCGACCCGUGUCCAUGAAACAGAAUGGGGCACUGUCAUUGAGGGUGUCGGAAUGGUGCUGAAGGAAUUGGAAGGCCAGAAACAAUGA